AGAGCUGGGAGGGCUAGGAGGUGGAUAUCAUAUCACAUUCUUCAAGCAAGUGGGACAAAAACUCGGCAAAAGAUUUGGAUGCUCCUACCUUAGAUGUUUUUUUGGUUUUUUUUUUAACAUUUAAGCGUGUUUUGUUUGUAAGACGUUAAGUAGAGCCACGGUCCGUAGUGAACCCGGCUUGAUAACUCGAACAUUGUCGACAAACAGGACUGUUGCUGAGCUAGCUUCUUGGUCAACGACAACAACAAGCGGCAAAAUGUCGGGAGAGCCAAUUGUUGUCACUCUGGAAACGACCACCGGGGCCCCGAGUUCAUUCCCGGUGGUUUUGAAGAAAGUAAUGGAGAUGCCUCCGCCGAAUAUACUGGACGGAGACGACGACACUGACAAAGACAAGCUGGGUCUGGGAGAUAAUGUUGACCUUGGAGGAGGGAGCGAUAUGGGUCCUUCGGCCGCCCUGACCCCCGCUAUCUGGGAGAAAACCAUUCCCUAUGACGGAGAACACUUCCACCUGGAGUACAUGGACCUUGAAGAGUUCCUCAUGGAAAAUGGCAUAGCCACAUUGCCUGACGAGGACGCCCUAAAGGGCAGCCGGGAAGGUUCUGUUAAGACAGAGAAAAUAAAAGCCAUCCCCUCUACACAGCUGAAGGUCACAAAGUCAGUGAAUUUGUCCACAGUGUCUCUGCUGCCCAUUCAGGAACUGGACAAGUGUGAUGAGGAGCUUGUGAUCAUCAAGGGUGACUCUGAGGUCAUCUGUGAUGUCGUUGCAGAGGUGACCACCGAAGACGACAGAGCAACACCCGAGCCCGUCGACCCUGAUGAGAUUGAGGUGGAUAUGAAUUACGAGCCAGAUCCCACAGACUUGGUCCUGUCCAGCGUGCCUGGAGGCGAACUCUUUGACCCCCGCAAACACAAAUUCACUGACGAUGAGCUCAAGCCUCAGCCUAUGAUCAAGAAGGCCAAGAAGGUGUUUGUGCCUGAAGAACAGAAGGAUGACAAGUACUGGCAGAGGAGGAAGAAGAACAACGUGGCAGCCAAACGCUCACGUGACGCCCGCCGGUUAAAGGAGAACCAGAUCACGGUGCGAGCAGCCUUCUUGGAGCGCGAGAACCAAGCGCUGAGGUCAGAAGUCUCCGACCUACGGAAGGAGUCAGCCCGUUACAAGAACAUCGCCGGGCGCUACGAGGACAAAUUUGGACCACUCGCCAUGCCGGAAGACCAAUAGACAGCAGUUUGAUUUAUUCAUUUAUUUCUCUAUGAAUAAAUAAAUCCAACCAGUUGGGGAUGGUGUGCGAAAAUACUAGAAUCGAGCGGACGAAGAGGACGAAGAGGAGGAGAGCAUGUGUUAGGGUGUGACUGAUGUUGCCAUGGCAAUAGCCCUUGGAGACUAGAUGCCUGCCUGUAUGUUUUAUUUCUUUUGCUUUUUUUUUUUAAUGAAUUGUUUUUACCCAUCCAUGUGAGAGGUUGGCAUCGAGAGAGGAGUUUCAAGUCCUUGCGUAUGAUGUUUGUAUGCCUUCAGCCGUAAGAGAUCAUGUUUCAUUUUUAUUUUUAUGGAGAACUGUGGGUUUUAUCUUCAUUCUUAAAUUAAAUGGGUAGUAUAAAGUAGCAGUUGGAAUAGUUCUGACUAGAAGUCAUAUAUUAUAGUUUUGUAGAAACACAUUUGCAGCCUGCUUCCAGUUCUUUCCAUAUAUGAUUGAGAUCAUUGCAUUCAGAGAUGCAAAACUUUUGACUGUGACAUUUCCAAUAAAUCAAGCUUCUUCAGGGUAUAACAGUGACAUGGCAAAAAAAAAAAAAUACAGCUAUGUUCACUUCUCUUUAUGUAAAGCGUCGGCGGCACAGAGCUGCUCUGUGCGUUUGUGUCUCACUGUCGCUCUUGUGCCGUAGUAGUCGCCUGCCUCACUCUACAGGUGUUCAGUGCUGACUCGUCCUCUCGUGUUUAAUGCUUUUGGAAACGUCCCGUGUAGAAUCCUCUCGUGCAUUAACUGUAAAUAGUUGUAGCAUAAUAUUGUUCUAUCUCCACUUUAGUUUCACAUGACAUUAAAGCCUAAGAAAGUGGGCUAGUAAAGUCUUUGAACAGCCGCUAAGCCUCCAUUCACUCCUUGAUGAGUUGACCUCUUCACUCACAACAACAGAAUGUCAAAUGUUUUCAAACGUGUGGUUAAGGUAGAUUGUUGAGGGGCUUACAGGACUUGAAUCAGUGCCUUAUUCAAAGGCAGCUGAAGGGGAAAUGUUUGACUCUUAAGCCUAAGAGAAGUGAGCUCAGAAUGAAGUAUGUAGCUAGUUAAAUCAAAAAAAGCUUCAUGAAUCACAAAAACGGAAUAUUCUCCAAUACACAGAAAAUAUCACGGGAAUGUAUGAAGUGUUUACGAGGCUGUUUCAGAGUAUACAUUUCACUCAAUCAUCUUUUCUUUUACAUUUAUGUCUGAAUGUCAUCUGUGUUUUUCAGAGGCUUGUGAGCUGGCGGUUUCUCCUGCAGUAUAAUUUAUUUGAUUCAUUUUGACAGAUGUGUGUAGCCUCAGUAGGUGCAGACUUUAUCUACAGUUUUCUACAAGGAACCCCCCAAAAAACUCUUAAAGCCAUUUCAAUGCAGUACGCAGUCUGCCAGUUUACAGGGGACAUAAUGAAUAACAUAGUGUCACAGAUGAAAUGUGUUAUUAACACCAGGGUACAUUUUCUGUCCACUUCUGAAAAAAAAAAAAAAAGGGAACAUUUAGUUUUUCUGUUCUGCUGUGCUUCCUUUCUUAGACGCAGUGACUUUUAACCAAAAUACAUUCAAUAUUAUGAAAGCGGAAAGGGGUUUUCUGAGUGUGGGGAAUGUUAUUACAGGAAAAAAAAUAAAAUGUCAUCUGUCAUGAAUUUUUUAAACAAGUAUCUUCUUGUUGCAGCGUGUAAAACUUCUUUUGAUUUCUCUUCAGUUUUUGAAGUGAAAGUGAGGAGUGACACGAUUGUCUCCACAGAUUUCUGUGGAAGUGCUCUUACUCCCAGCGUCUCUGAUUUCAGUCAGAAUAAAUCAUGUUCUCUGGGUCACAAGUGUAAUUAUAAAAUAUCUAUAUUUACCAGAGUUCUAUCAUGAAUGAUAAUGGUCUUCCUAACCGGUCUUAAUCAUUUAUUAAAUAUUUUCUGCUGUAAUAAAGAUGUCAUCUGACUUUUAUCUGGAACAGGUCAAUUUGUUAACAUUGGGGGGCGGGUUGUUUCUAACCUUCCUGGAUCUGUCUUUAUAUUUCUCUGUAUUAAAACAUAUUGACAUUUUGA